AUGAGCAAGCCCACAUCCACAACGGCCCCCUCGUCAUACUACUCCGCUCUUUCAAGCUCAUCGACGACGACCAAGUCUAAACGACAUUCUCUAGCCAUACUACCACCCGCCUCACCCGGUCCACGACCACUCCACCUCCUAGAUGGAACAAUCACCUCUUCAUCCACAUCCGCGUCCUCACCCUUGCACUCACCAAGCACAUCCUCAAAAGCAUCCAGGAGACAAAGCUCAAUAUCGUAUUACCCCCCUGACCGGACCCCGGACUAUUACACGUCAAGCUCAAUAACUUUAAGCAAUGCGGGACGCUCGCCUCUAAGUGCGCGUGGUACGCAGCAUGCUGGAGCUGGAUUGUCUAGGAGCAGUUCGGUGGGGAGGGGGAGCCCGGGUUUGAAGGGGAGACAUGGGGAAAUUCAGAGGAUGAGUUUGCCGUUGGAGAAGGAGAAGGAGAAAGAGAGGCCGCCGUUGACGUUGGCUGAAAAACGGGGCCAGUUGGGGCCCUCCAGCUGCGGGCUGUCAUCCAAGAAUUCAUUGAGGACUCCACACGCAGAACUCCUGCACUUUAUUGCUCAAAAAGAGUCCAAAUGCCUCGAAUUACGAUCUCAGCUGGCUGUUCACGAGGAGGAGUUGUUGCAGUUAAAACGUAAAUGGGAACGCAUCGUAAACCGCGGCUUCGAAAAGUCGCAAUCACCUCCAGACGCAGUAUCAAGGGCACCCCCAAAUACUAUCACCAACCCUGCCUCCACCGUCGUAGCCGGCCUCACGGGCCCUGCAGUCCUAGAAGGCAUUAAAGAAGGCAUGCACCGAUUCUUGGCUGCUGGUUUGUCUAUCAGCGAUCCGAACUCGACUCCCAGCUCCCCAUCCCCAUUAUCUGCUUCUCCUCUGCCCCUUUCGGGCCAACGGAGUUCGCCACUAUUGGCGGAACGAAGCUCACCACUAUCCGGAGGGCCAACGACGCCAAGAUGGCGGACUCAUGCGAGGGAGAAGGAGAGUCUUUCUUCAGUGUCGACGCAUGCUACUGCUACCAGUGCGACGACGCGGUAUUCGCAGUGCUCGAGCUCAACGGCUGCGUCGUCUUUAGGCGGCAAGGAGUUGGGAGGUGAUGAUGUUGAGGAUGGCCAAGAACCGCUUGGGGAAAGUGACAACUUUUGUGCGGCCCCAGAGUUGAUGGUCCACGAUACAGGUGCGACUCCGACCAUGAGUCCGAACCCUGCUUUCAAGCGCAAAGAACGGCAACAGGGUGCGAUAGAUCCGCAGCAGCCCGUUCCAGGAGAGCCUCAACCGCAAUCAGAGCCUGACGACGACGACGACGAGUUCGACGAAGCAACUUUCACGUCUAGCUUGGACUUAACCCCAAGUGGGGGAGCCAAAGUCCGCCGGCGAAAAUCGAAAGAUGUUGUUCCUCUGCAUUGGAGCAGUGGGUUGUCGGCCAUCGAGCCUGGAUUGACGGCCAACACCGCUACUGCGAGUUCAGUAGGGAGCUCAAGGGUACCGUCACCGCUCCCUGAGCUUGAGGGUACUGCGAAGAUUGAGGGUGGUACUAGCGGCAGGGAGAAGACGAAUGGGAAUACUAUGCGGGCGACCCUCAACACGAACGGACAUGGGUAUGCGGCACAGUCCGAUGGCAGGUUUGGGGGUGGUGUGUAUGGGAUGGGUUCGCUUCCCCCGCCUUCGUCUAUCCCUGGCCUAGGCGUCUUGACGGGUGGAGGUGCAACGUGGAUGGGUAGUGUGGGUAAGAAGUUGGGGGAGUUAAGGGAUAGUCCUGCGUACGUCUAUCUCUCUGCUUUCUCCAUUGGACCCUUUUCUUGGGCGAGCCGGCUUUUCGAUCACAAAAUGGUCCCAGAUCUCGGUUCCGCCCCGUCCUUUUGUCUUCCCUGGUUCCUUACUGUGAUGCUGAUGUCGUCUCUUUCUGUAUACAGCUUCACCAAAAGUCAAAAACGAGCAUCCGUGCUACUAUCGGACGUCUCACAAAGCAUCGUCUCUGCAUGGAAUGCUCCCACCACACCAAUCGGGUCAGCUCCACCAAUCUCACGUACACGGAGCACGCCUCUACCUACCUCGCCUUUAUCACCCUCCCUUCUUGACGACGACAACGACGAUACUAUACGCAUCGCAAGCGUUAUGACCCCUGAUUCCAAGAAACUGCACACGACGACUUUGAUGCCCUCCUGGCCGGACGGGGGCAUGAAACCUUCAAAUAAACCGACAACGACAUCCUCCAAUGCAAAGACUCAAGAUGAAGACGAGGAAUGGAAUUGGUAG